AUGAUUGAAAACUGCUCCAUUAGCGAGAUAAAAGGUAUUAUAUCACUACAAAUAUAUUCCCAAAAGAUGGCAACAACAGAACUUCAAAAAGCGGUAGAAGCCGUGAAUACCGAAAAUACACCAACGAUACCAACAGCACCAACGGCACCAAAAGACGCAGAAGCUACACCCUCAAAACCUAUUCAUUCGCUUGUCCUCGACACAGGCCCUCUAAUUAAGAACGAUCCUCCCGUCAGCACCCUUAUAGCUCAAGCUCACGAGUUAUACACUCUCCCCUCGGUGAUUUCUGAAAUUCGAGAUGCCGCGACAAGGACGCGCGUUGAAACAACCUUACUUCCCUUCAUAAAGCUGCGCAGCCCCCGUCCUGAAAGCAUCAAAUUUGUUACCGACUUCGCGCGACGAACUGGCGAUCUUGAGGUCCUAAGCAGACCCGAUUUGCACCUGAUCGCGUUAACAUACGAGUUAGAGUGUGAAAGGAACGGCGGCGAUUGGCGACUAAGAAAGACUCCCGGACAGAAAGGUUUGAAUGGAAAGGCGCCUACGCAAGAGAAAGUAGGCAGCGCCACGGAACAAAAUGAUGGCGCGAAUGCUGAGAGUAAGAAGGAAGAAAACGAUGUUGGUAAUCACAACGAAGGAAACCAAGUUCAAUUAGAAGAAGCAAAAGUGGACGAGAAUACCGAUGCCAAAUCCGAAACACACGAGCAGCCGACCGUUCAACAAGAGACGGUCACCCAAGCCCUUGGUUCUCUCAGCAUAGAACCAUCUGCUCUACCAACAGUCGAUACCAUACCAAAUGAAGCCGUAAUAUCCGAAACAGCCCCUACUGAACAGCCAGAGGUAAAGGUAGAGGAAGAGGAAGACGACGACGACGAUGGAGAAGGUUGGAUCACACCAUCAAACCUCAAGAAACACCAAGCCAAAGACCAGAUCUCGGCACCAGAACAGCCGAUCCAGAAGUUCUUGCAAGUAGCGCUCCUCACAUCAGAUUACGCCAUGCAAAACGUAGCGCUGAGGGUGAACCUGAACCUGGUAUCGCCCAGCCUGGCGCGCAUCACGCGCGUCAAGACGUGGGUGCUGCGGUGUCACGGGUGCUUCGCGAUCUCGCGGCACAUGGAGAAGCAGUUCUGCCCGCGGUGCGGACAGCCGACGCUGACGCGCGUGAGCUGCUCGACGAACGCGGCGGGGGAGUUCACGGUGCACCUGAAGCGCAACUUCCAGUGGAACAACCGCGGCAACGUGUACAGCGUGCCGAAGCCGGUGCACGGGUCGGCGAACGGGAAGGCGCGCGGCCCCGGGGGCGGAAAGGGCGGCUGGGGCAGAGAGCUGAUCUUCGCCGAGGACCAGAAGGAGUACGCGAAGAAGUCUACCGAGCAGAAGAAGACGAAGCAGAGGGAUAUCAUGGACGAGGACUACCUCCCGGGUAUCCUGACGGGAGACAGGAGCGGGGGAGCACCCGGCAGGAUACGUGUUGGCGCCGGGAGGAAUGUGAAUUCCCGGAAGAGAUAG